CGGCCCGCCCGCCUUCCGGCAACGGCGUCCUGCACCGCCCCGCGGAGACGCCGCGACGCCUGAUAAGCCGCAGACGGAAGGGAGAGGUCAGUACCAAGUAAGCCAUGCAGUCCCUCACCCUGGAGGCUGAGGUCCGGUUGGAGGUGAGCCAGUGUUUCCGGAGUCUUGCCACUUCUGCUGACAAUGCGGAACGUAUCUCCGCCCUUCAGAAGCUUGCCACUUAUUUGGAUAAUGGAGCAGAAAGUCCAACCAGCUCAGCUCAGCGAGCAGAGUUCGGGAGGACCCACUACUCUCGGACCCUUCACCUCCUCAUUGCAAACAUCAGUGCUGAAUGGUUACAUGCCCUCACGGCAGCUCAGCGCACAGAAUUAUGGGACGGCUUGUUCCUCCAUGGUCCUCCAGAGCAGGCUCUGCUGGUGCUGAUGGAGGGACUGGGAGCGCUGAGUCCCAGUGUAGGUCUGGACCUCUUGGUCAGUAUCCUUGAGACGUUCCUCCAGAGCGGCCGUCUUGCUGAGUUGCUGUGGUCCUACUGCCAGGGGGCUGGUCCCUCCGACUCCCCCCAGCUCCGAGAGAGCCUGCUGGGGAACCUGGCGGCCUUGUCGGACCUCACCGCCAACAGGCUCUAUCCUCACAACAAGGUCCUGUUCCUCCCUCAGCAGUACUACCCACUGCUGGCCAGAGAGAUGCUAACCGCUCUGGAAAGAACCUGCCAAGCUCUCAGAGAUGGCAAAGACUGUUCCUUGACUUUUGUGGCUCAGACACUUGGAAAAGUGUGCAUCCAGGGACACAGUGAACUGUUGUUUGCAGUGAUGGCCCCACGGCUGUCCUCGUGCACGCGCUCAGACAUGGUGUGGCAGCGAGUCUGCUGGAAGCUGCUGGAGAAGGUUCCAGAGCGCUGGCUGGAGAGCGUGCUCACUGGGCUGGUGCUGGCUGUCAAUGGUCCAGAGGCCCUAAGCCGGAUCAUAGGAAACCUGGUGUUGAAGAAUAAGAAAGCCCAGUACGUUAUCACCUAUAAACUAAUCCUGCUCCAGUAUAAGUAUGAGACUCGAGUCUUGAGGAUUCUCCUUGGUUACCUUGCAAUGGACCCAGAGAGGAGGCCGCUGCUGAUUCAGGUGUUGCGGUCAGUAUGCCAGGCUUGGGCAAACCCCAGUGCGGUCAGACACACUCCCCUGGAACAGCAGCUCUACGUUAGCCGGGCUUUACUGCUGUGUGUGAGCCUGCUGUCGGACAAGGAGCUACAUGAGCUCCGCCCGGAGCUGCUGCAGUGUCUGCUGGGGGGGAUGCAGAGCCACCUGGACAGCAGCGUGCUCCGUAUCAGGCAUGUGGGCAUGGUGGUCGGGGAGUGUCUCAGCUCCCGUAUGGAUGCAACCGGGACCAGGCUAAAAUUUGAGUAUGACCACAAUGAGGAGACCAGGGAGCUGCUGGCUCUGAUGACUCCUCUGGUUGGUGAAAACGCGGGACCUGAGCCUGAUCCUGAGCCCGUCAUUGCGGUAAAUUCUUCCCAGGAGGCCAAUGGGGCGAGUUUGUCCCUCCAGGACACUCUAUCCCAGUCCAACCCAGAACCUCAGCCCCCAGUAACACAGCCCGACUCUGACUUGGACAGCGAUGAUGACCUCACACCGUAUGACAUGUCUGGGGAUCAGGAGAUGAGCGAAGCCCGCCCCCCUCGUUACCUCCGAGACUGUCUGGAAGUCUUAGUGUCCUCGGAGGACCCAGUGCGUGUGGAGCUCAGUCUGAGAGCAGUGGAGGACCUGGUGAGGAAGAACAUCUCCACAACCAGAGAGGUCAGUGUCCAGCUGACCAAGGUGCUUCUGUACAUGGUGGAUAAAUACAGCAUCGCCGGCUUCCUGGUUCUCAAACAGGCUGCGAUGGUGGCCCUCGCCGUCACCGACUGUCUGCCUGUGGUCCAGUAUCUGACCACAGAGUUUUACGCGUUGAAUUACAGCCUCCGUCAACGGCUAGACAUGUUGGAGGUCCUUGCCAUGUCAGCCCGGGAGCUCUCACAACCAAUCAUCAGCAAAGGUGGCCCAUCAGAGGGCAUCGCCACGGUAACUGAUUUGACGCCCUACCCAGGCGAUGACCCUGUCCACUGGCGACAGGUAGUGGAGAGGAGAAUUCAAAGCAAGACAAGGCGACUAAGCAAGGGGGUUACACGUCCUCCAGCCAAGGUCACCCCGAACCGGUACGCCCCUGUUGCGGGUUAUUUCUUCUUUCCUCUGCUCCACAAUUACGACAGGCCCCAGGCGACCUUUGACCUGCUGGGCAGCGACCACCUUGUACUGGGCCGGCUCAUCCACACCUUGGGCCUCCUCGUACACCUGGCUGUCAAUGCGCCGAUAGCCUCUCAGAUGGGUUGUGCUCUGCUGGACUUUGUGUGGACGGUGCGCUACCAUGUUGACCAGACGGUGAGACGAGGGGUCUUAUUCGCCGUCUGCUCUGUGUUCCUGAGCAUGCCCAGUCACAACCUGCUUCAGGAACUUGGUGAACAGCUUUUGGAGACCAGGACCUGGCUGGCAGAUGUUGCUGAAGGGGACCCUGAUGCAGACUGCAGGAGUCUGGCGGUCCAGAGUUUGGUGCUGCUAGAUAAGAACCUCAGAAAGCAACUGGAUCCACAAGCACAGACUCUGCAGUCAUGACCAGGAGGUGGACAUGUUCAUGGACAACAACCGUGACAGAGCAGGAAUAACAGUCACACGAGGGGCUGUGGGAGAAUAAUAACAGGGAUGAGUGUAAUGAUGAUGGUGCGUUCUCUGACACAUCUGUAGUCAUGUAAACCUCCUCGGGGAACUGGAAGUGGCGCAUGGCUUUCGUGGGAAAAUUUCUAGCAAAGGCGUGACGGGUCGCCUGUUAAGUUUGAUUGAUCACAAUAAAACAUUAUUUUCACUUCUUUUUGUCCACUGGAGACGAGUGACUAAAGAGCAGAAAGGGUUUUUGGAAACUGGCUCUCCAAAGUUGCCGUGAGCCACGCCAGAGUUUGAAAGAGCUCGGGUGUCUCGGCACUCACUGACUGACCUGAAUUGGAUUUUUUCUUUUUGAUGAGCCCGUUACCAUGGUGACAGUAUUGCAGUAAGAUGCGUAUGAGAGACGCUGUCACGUGGAAGACUCGGGGGACAUCAGCCGAUGCACUGGAUUUCCCAGAACCGUGUGUGCGUGAGAGAGACGUGUUACUUGGCUGGCAGAUGUGGUUGAUCCUAUUCACUGGAGGAUAUCCUCUGAGUUUAAGGACCACCCCUUGCAGGUGCCGGACAAUUCACAAUACAUACUGGAACACGUAUGCAGUGGGGAACAUUUGUCUUGUGUGUCUCAGGUGUGUGUGUGCAUAUCUUUCAUCCAACACAAACACAUUCACAUCAUAAACGUGCUGUGAGGGCUCAUCUAGAAGGAAGACACUGGGAGUAGUCCUGAACCCCCCAAUACUACCUCUGGCAGACCUGGAGAGAGAGAAGCUGCUGGCCAUAGCCACUUAACCAGCAGCUACAGCUAGUCUGCAAUCACUCUGCUCAAGCCAGAAAGACCAAGACUUUGGUGAGAGGGGGAGUGGAGUACCAGCCCAGUGGUUAGUGCGGUUGCCUCACAGCAAGAGGGUCCUGGGUUCGAGCCCCGGGGUAGUCCAAUCUUGGGGCUCGUCCCGCGUCGUCCUCUGUGUGGAGUUUGCAUGUUCUCCCCGUGUCCACGUGGGUUUCCUCCGGGGGCUCUGGUUUCCUCCCACAGUCCAAAGACAUAUAGGUCAGAUGAAUCGGCCGUACUAAAUUGUCCCUAGGUGUUAAUGUGUGUGUGUGUGUGUGUGUGUGUGUGUGUGUGUGUGUGUGUGUGUGUGUGUGUGUGUGUGGGCCCUGUGAUGGACUGGUGGCCUGUCCAGGGUGUCUCCCCACCUGCCACCCAAUGACUGCUGGGAUAGGCUCCAGCAUCCCGCAACCCUGAGUAGGAUAAGCAGUUUGGAUAAUGGAUGGAUGGAUGGGGAGUAAAAUAGAAUGGAGAAACAUGAGUACAACUUGUUGAAAAAGGAAACGUGGGUUUUUGACCACAUUCUGUGACAGAGGCAUUGGAGGAAAGGUGACCCUGGCAGCCAGACAGUGGCGUGAGAGACGCCCAUGGACAACUGAUAAAUGGCAAAGACGGCUUGACAUCUUGUUUGCCUCUUGUGUCUCACUCCCUCUACCUUCUGUCUUCCAGAGUGACCCCUGUUAAGUCUCCCAGCACGCUGUAAAAAAGGACCCCAACCAGGAAGAACCUCAGUUUGAUUCAGCCCCACCCCCUGCCCCACCAUUAAUAAAGUGUAUUUGAGUUCUGCAACACUAUUUUUUCCCCAUCUAGAGUUUUUCCCAGACUGGGAGCCCAAAGCGCACACACCCAAAUUGUAAUGUGACAUAUCUGGUGGAUGAGACGGUUGAAGACCUGAAUUAGAGGAUGCUGAUAUUGUCCUAAAAUAAA